GAGAAAGGGAAAAACAAGAGUUAAUCUAGCAAGUCUCCUCUUCAGAUGAACGCAAAGGAGGUCUGGAGUAUUCUCCUCUGUGCGGCGGAGGCUGCCGCUAGGACGAUCGAAGGAGAAUUGGCGGUGGCCAUUGAGGCCAUCGUGGAGGAGCAGCUGUCCCACAACGCACAGCUGACGCCACCGGAAGUUAGACUCGUCCGCCAUGCCGCCUUCGACCUGUCUCGAUUUGCAACUCUGUGCGACGGGGCUUUUAAGGGCUACUGUAGCUGCUUCAAGCGCAACGGCAGUCACAGGGCAGCAAUGUACCUUAUCGCCUACCUCAUCAUCUUUCAAUACCACACCCUUGGCGAGUCGGCGGUCUGCGAACUCCUCGACGGGUGUAUGUCACAUCCCCGCCUCUGCGAGUAUCUGCAGUACCUCUUCACCACAAGCCUCGUCACGCAGUUCUCCAUCCCGUUGUGGCGCACCACCUACGAUGACCCGUUUGUGCAGCAGCAGGUCAUCGCCCCGCUCGCUGCUGCGGCGAAGGAUGCCGGGGGCGACGUCGCCGGGUGGCUGCGGAGACACAUUUCCAGCACAACGGGACCCUCCCCCGACUCCUUCCUCCGCGAGACUCCCGCUGCUUCUGCGCAGGCUCCUCGCAGCGCCACCUCCACCACCAACACCGUUAACAGGAAAGCGGGUCGCCCGCCACAGCUGCACACCUCCGCCCCCGCUCGCCGUCCUUCGCAUGAAGCGUGCGAGAUGGCCGUGACGGCCCCGGCGCCGACGCGGCUGCCGCGAAUUAAAGACGCUCAGCUGCCCUCUCGCCCGAGGGCGGCCAAAGCCCCAACAAAGCCAAUAGGCUUUACGUUCCACCAGCGUGCUGCCUCUCCCGGUGCGACGGCUGCUGCUGCGAGCCCGUCGCCUUCCGCCACGGCCACCAUCACCGCCGUCGGAGCCGCAGCAGCGGUAGCCGCCGCCACAACAUUCAACAACGACAGCGCUGACACAACGCCUCGGCCGUCGUCCUCGCAGCUGCGCCGCAUGCUGAACACCUCGCGGACCGUUCCCACCACGACCGCUGUGUUGCGCCGUGAGGCCUGCAUGCGAGACCGCCAGCGCACCCACGCGGAAAAGGCACUGACGGAGUUGGAGGUGGUCGCCCGCGAUGCAACAGAGUACGAGUUAUGGCGCCAGGCGCAGGCCGAGGAGGAAGAGCGGGCGCGCGAGAUGCGCGUGGUGCAGCGCCACCUGGAUGCCGUCGAGACGGAGGAGCGGCGACGUACCCGCAGUGCCCACGCCGCAGAACUGCGUCGACGUCGCUUUCGGAACUUGCGCACCAAGUACCAAGAGGAGUUGGAGGCCAGGAAGUCGGAGGAGGCGGCGGCGCGGCGCCAGCAAGAGCAGGCUGCGCAGCACCAGCGCACCCAGCAGCUGUACGAGCGAGUAGCGGCGCUGGAGCGGACGAACGCCACGAAGGCCACGCUGGCAGCGCAGGUGAAGCAGGAGUCGGAGGAUCUGCGUGCCGCGGCACAGGAGGCAAAGGAGGAGCGGCAGACGCAGCAGGCGUUGCUUAUUCAGGAGAUCCACGUGAUGCAGCAGCGCAUCCGCGAGCGGAAGGCCCGCAUGGGGGAGGAGCGGCGACGUGCGUGGGCGGACGGCGAGGUGGAUGCAGCACUGGGCCGCAUGUCCGUCGCGGAGCUCCACGAGGCGCUGGAGCGCAUCCGCGCCGAGGACGCCGCCGAGAUGGAGGCGCGUCACGCGUACGUGACGACGACGCGCGCACACGCCCAAGCGGAGCGCGAUCGCCUGGAAGAGGAGUGCGCCAGCGCGCGCGAGCAGCAGCGGCAGCGCCGGCAGUCAAAGCAGACCCAACGCGCCGAGCACAAGGCCGCCGUGGAGGAGGCGCGGGCGAGCCGGGAGACGGCGCGCAUGAUGCAACUGCACGAGAAGUUGGAGGCGAGGCGGCAGGAGGCGCGUGCGGUGCAGCGCGCCACGCGAGAAGCGGAGCGGCAACGGCGAAAUGAGUCGUUGCUGCGUGCGCAGGACAGCACCUCGAUGGAGCAAGGUCGGUGGCACCACUACGAAGCUGGCCUCGUCCGCCGCUCCAAGUGGGAGCAGCAGCGGACCCUUCAGGAGGCGCAGAACUCUGUGUGA